CAUAUUUUAUUACCUUCACUUUCUACAAUAUACAAUAAUUAAAUACAGGGUACACACGUAAAUAUGUUAACCUGUGAAAUAGAGUAGCAGCAUUUUGGUUAUAUUAUAUCGUCGACAGACCAGCAAAUGCCAAAUGUAGUUCCAAAGAAUAUAAAAAAAAUUGUAUAUUUUAAACGAGAUAUCCCCUACAAUAUUUGACAAUUUUCAAUUAUUUUCUAUUGCCGGAUAAAGGCAAAUAUAUAUUGACCAUCGAUGUGAGGAAAGUAGGAAAAUGUUUUUAUUACAACCGUUGCGUUGGUAUCAACAUGCUGAGAAAAUAAAAUGAGUCACUUUGUUUAUACUGGUUUUAUAAUGAUAUAAUAUUGGUUUUAUUUUAUUAAAUUAUUCUUUUCUAUGUUAGGCUAAGAACUCAUAGACUACAAUAUGUAAAUACUCAUUUUGUUUAGAUUUCUUUGUUUCUAACAUAAUGGAGCGCCUCCUCUUCAUCUCAGAGGUGUUCUUUGGCUAGGGAUGGCCAACCGCUGCUUGCCUGGGAGAGUUUGGCGGCUUAGAAAUUUAUCAAACAUUUAAAAAAAAAAGUUAUCAUUGUACCAAUAGUCUAUUCUGGAAUGCCUGAAAACGCGGAAUCGCAAUUACAAAAGUAAAAAUAAUAAUCUAACCAUACAGAGAUUAUAAUAAUACUAAAAUUUUGUUUUUCUUUUUACAAAAUCAUUGUGACAUAGUAUUCGAAAUGUGUGACAGAGGUGUCUCUUUGCGCCGCCUAAUGUUACAAAAUGUUCUUGCUUAAAAAAAUCAUAUAGAAUCCUUUAAUAUAAAAUUAUUUAUUGAACUUCUGAAAUAUUAUCAUCAAAUUUAUUAGAAUAUAAUAAACGUAAAGGUUUACAUUUUAAACAAAAAAAUAUUUUAUCCUUGGGUCCGGCUACGUAUGUUUUUUCUUGCUAUCUUCUGUCACGUAUUUCGCAAAACAAAAAACGCUUCUUAGCUGUUUGACCUUCAACACUAAGCAACAGUACGGUUUCCUCUUCCCCCUUGGCCUCACGCCCUGAGGCCCCACCCGGGAGCGAGCCGAGUUAUUAGCCUGUAGGAAGUGAACAGAGGUGCGUGUGUUUAUUCGGCGACCGCUCUGUCACGGAAGUUGCUACUUUAAAAUUUUAUUGUAAUUAAUAUUUAUAUAUGUAAUAUUAUUAUUUCCCAGCAAAUCUGUCAUAUUCACUCACUCUUACGAACAAUUUGUAAUUUUGUGAACGCUAAAAUUCUCGAACACUAUUAUUUUACACUUCUGUCACAAGGCACCUCUGUCACAAAUAAACUGCGACGGAGUGGCAUAACUCGUGACGAAGUGGUAAUUUUUGUCUUGAACUUUGCAUUGAUUGAUUUUUAAAAAAAAUAAAUUAAUAUUUUUUAUGUUCUAUAUAUUACAUUAUCGAUUAUUUUAUUCAUUUAAGGUUUUAUCAUCGGGGUAAUUAAAAAUGGCGUUAUUUGCGGCGGAAAGGCAGCGACGUUGUCGUGAAAAAAGGAAGCAAGACCCCGAAAAAGUUGCAGAAGUGAAACGAAAAGACUUAGAAAAAUACCAUACUCGCAAAAAGCUAGUCAAAGAUAUGACACCUAGGGAACACAGACAAAUGAAAAGAAAAUGGCAGAGCGUUCUAAUGAAUGCUCCGGCUUCUACAACUUUUCCUUCAAGCCCCAAGUUACUUCCUUUAAGUCCUAGAUCUUGUUCACUAACUUCAAUCUCAUCCACUGCUAUAGCAAGGGGUAGAAAAAAAGUUAGACGAGACAGAUCGAAAAUUUAUAGGCAAAAUAUGAUACUCCAAGACAAUGUAAAAGAAUUACAGAAAAAAAUACGAAAAUACAAGAAAAGACUUCAACGUCAAAAAAAUAAAAAAGAUAACUUAUUAUAUAAUAUGACUAAAACUAUAAAAAAAAAAUGAAGAUAAAAUUAAAGGCGCCGAAGAAGAAAAAAAAAUAUAGUAUCUUGACAAAUGCCAUUAAGGAACAUUACAAAAAAAUUAAAGACUAUAAAACAAAACACUGCUUAAAAAAAUCCUUGAAGACACAACAAUUAAACGUUCGGGACUAAAACUUAAACUGUUUCAAGAGACUUUGUUAAUAAAAAGAAAAUCAAAAAACUAUACAUUAAGCCCAAGAAGUAUUUCAUUGAGAGAGAAAAUUCAUACAUUUUAUCUCAGGGAUGAUGUGUCACGAGCUACUGCUGGGAAAAACGAGACUAUAACUUUUCAUAAAAAAAGAUGCAAAAACGGAUUUUGUUGGACACAAGGAAAAAUCUAUACUUAUUUCGAAAAGAAAAUCCAGACGUUAAAUGUCACUACAGUUAUUUUGCAGGACAUAAACCCUUUUAUGUCGUACCACCUCGUAUUCAUGGCCGCGAAACCUGCAUGUGCAAGCUGCACGCAAAUAUUUACGUUUAUGAAAGUUGCUCUUUAUAAAAACAAAGUUAGCAAAACAAUUGACAUGAAUCUGAUAAUCUCACAAAUUGUAUGCGAUGUAAAUUCAUUAACUUGUAAGAAAGGAAAAUGCACUGAAUGUGAAGCAAAGAAACUCAAUUAUGGUAAUAUGAUCGACCAAGAGAAACUGGUUGAAUUGGUACAAUGGAUUAGAAAAACAGAUAUUAUUAAGAAGAAUGGAAAAAAAGUUAAAAUAAAUAAAAAUAUAAAACAGACCGACCAAGUUACAAUUGCAACUUUGAUUAGUAAAUUUGAAAAAGAAUUAAAAGUUUAUAAAUCACAUAUAUUUAAUAUUAGAAAUCAAUAUAAAUCCUAUCGCCAAUGUAUAAAUGAAUUGACUGAAACCGAAAAUGCUUUACAUAUUGACUAUAGCGAAAACUACGCCUGUAAGUACCACGAAGAAAUUCAAUUGGUGCAUUUCUGUGGAUCACGAAACCAAGUGACUUUGCAUACCGCAGUAAUGUAUUACUGGACUUCUCCAAAGGACAAACAUAUCACUUCUUUUUGUACUGUAUCUUCUGAUCUUUAUCAUGGCCCUGCAGCUAUUUGCGCUCACCUACAUCCGGUACUUGAUUGGGUUCAAAAAGAAUUACCCCAUAUUAAGACAGUCCACUUUUUUUCUGAUGGACUAGCAGCACAGUACAAGCAAAAAAAUAAUUUUUAUCAUUUUGCAACAAGAUUUUUUAAACAAUACAGAUUUGAAAGUUCAACCUGGAAUUUUUUUGAGUCCGGUCACGGCAAGGGGGCAGAUGAUGGGUCUAUUAAACGUUUAGCUGACCAUUUCGUCGCCAGUGGACACGACAUUAGUAACGCUUUACAAUUUUAUGAAUUAAACCUAAAGUCCGCAGUAAGAUAAAGCUUUUUCUUGUUGACAAAGAUGAUAUUGCCCAGAUUUUAAUGGAAAUUCCAAGUAAAAUUAUUCCGCUGAAAGGUACUAUGAACGUCCACCAACUAGUUGUUCAGCAACCUGGAGUGCUAGGCUAUCGAACAUUGAGUUGUUUUUGCCACAAAUUUUGUGAUUGUUACAAUUUGAAGACUUAUCGCCCAUUGCCUAAACAUGAGAUGGAAGUUAACGACAGCCCAACCUCGGAUUUAAAAGAACCACUGGCUGAUAUAAUCAACAUAAUUAAAGCUCCUACAAAGAGAUUUUAUGAGACUGUUUAUACUUCUACUUCAGAAGAUGAAGAUGAUCAGCCUCUUGUUAAUCAGAAAAAAAAAAUGUGCACAUAAAACCGGGUACUUCAUAUGACCUGUCUGUUGACAACAUCUACCCAUUAUUAAUAAAAAAUGGUACACAUAUAUUAGUAAAAGUACCCAGUAAAAACAAAGUCGAGUACACCUACUUAGGAGUUGCACAAAGUUGUGUGGAUGAAGAUGGAGAUGUUCAGGUAAUGUUUUAUAAAACUGUUGACGACACUGGAAAAAUAUUUAAAUUAGUAAAAUCAGAUCUAUUAGAUGUGAUGUUUAAAAACUUGAUAAAAAUAAUCCUAAAGAAGUCAAAAGAGGAAAGCGUGUUUAUUACGAAUUUGAUAAACCAAUAGAAGCAGAGCCGGACUUAGAGUCAUCGUGGCCCCCGGGCCAAAAUACUUAAGGGGCCUAUGUAAGGCGGGCGUUUUACGUGAAUUCUUACAUCAAGUUGAUUUUUCAUUAUAGUCAAUUUAUUCAUUAUUUCUAACUAAAAAUAGUACAAAAUUACGUUCAUAAAUUAAAAACAUUUUUUUCUUAUUUUGCUACCAACAAAUUCUUCAAUAACACUAGUGCAGUCAAUCGAUUUCAGUAGCUCAUUUUCAAUACACAAUACGCUAUAUGGCUCGUCGCGUGGCCCUCCCCCCGCAGCGGGGGCCCCCGGCGCACGCCCGGGUUGGCCCAUGCCUAAGUCCGGUUCUGAAUAGAAGUAUUUGAAAAGUAGAAUAAGAAAAAGAGAAAAUUAGUCUGAUUUUACGUGAUCCAAAGAAUAGUUCUACCAAGACAUAAUAUAUUAUGUAUCAUUAUAAGAGAAGCAUUAUGUUUUGUUGUCGUUUUAAAAACAUUAAGAAUGUUAAAAAAUUAAGUUCAAAUGUUGGCUUAUUAAUAUCUACCACUCUGUCACAAUUUUGUCCCUCUUGUAACUAAACGUCAAUGUAGCAUAUGAUUCAAUUUAUUGAAAACAUAUAUACUAAAAUAACGUAUUAUUACAUAUUGACCAUAUAAGGUAUUAACAGAAUUUCGACUAUAUUUAUUUCAAUUAUUUGCAAAAUAUUUCAAAGUUUAUUAUCUUAACGAGCAAAAAUGUGACAGAGUGGUAUUAAAUGUUAUUUUUUAUAUAUUUGUAAUAAAAAUUCUUAUAAAUCGAGUUACAUAAUAAUAAAUACUUGCAUUCUAGUUAAGCAAAGUUAAAGAAAAACUGAAAAUUUGAUUUUACAUAAUAACUAAUGAAUAUAUUUUUUUGUGACUGAGGUGUUUAUUUUUUCUUACUAUUCCGAUAAAACUUAAAAUAAAUAAAAGAUAUAAAAUAAAACUUCGAUGCAUUAUACAUUUCUGAAAUCUUCGAUAACUGGACAAUGAUGUAAAAAUACAUAUUAUAAAAGAAAUACACUUUUAUUUUUUUAAAAAAUCAAAAAAUUUAUCACUCAGAUUGUCGGUAGAAAAGUAGAACGCCCCUAAUACUAAUAUAAUUUUAUGUGUGGCUCGCCGAAAUAUCAACACAAUAACUUAUUGUAUUAUUUGUAUACAGAUUGGCUUUUUUUUUCUAUUUUCUUGGCCCGCAAGAUCAUUUGGGAUGGUCACUCCUAGGAGAGAUAGAUUCAAAUAUAUUAAAAAAAUGUGAAGAUCUGAAUACAAUUGAAUAUAAAAACAUAACCUAUAAAAAUGCUGAUAUUUGCAGACUAUAUAAUGUUAUAAUAAAUUUUAAAAAUAGAAUCCAAAAAUUAAUGGAUGUCUGAUCCUUAGAAAUAAGAAAAACUAACGUUGAAAUAAUAAAUGUAAAUCAAAAGACACCAAAUCUGAAGCUGAAACUUCAGGGAGAAUAACGACCUUAGUAUGGUACCAAUAAAAGACAGAAAACCAGCUGAAAGAACAAAUAAAUUUACAACAGUACCAACUAUAACCUACACAGCAGAAUAUAUGACAAUAAAGAGAAAACAUAUCUUAACCAAUGAUAAUUAAACAUUCGAAAGAAAAUUGAAAAAUAUAGAAAUUGAAAAAUAAUUAAAACAAAAAUCAAUA